UGAUAGGGGAAGGAUUUAAUUUCACUGCAGAGAAACAGGACAUAGUCCACAGCAGGGCUACGCAACAGGCAGAAGAAAAGAACAAUACAGCAACUACUUCACAUGUAAGGCUAACAGCUUCUGAUCUCUGUUUGUAAUGAAGUGUCAUCAUGGACUCUUCAUCAUCCUCCACAACAUCUGGACUGUUUCGCAGAGGUGGUAUUGCCUUCCGUCCCCCUAAAAUGUCUGAGAUGAGGCUCAUUCUGCUGGGGAACAACUGGUCUGACAAGAGUUCGGUCACAAAUUUAUUACUGGGUACAAAUAAGUGCAACAGAGAGGAAGAACCAAAAACCUCCAUCACAGUCUCUGGAACAAUUAGGACAACAAAAACGGUUGUAAUAAACACUCCGGAUCUGCUUUGCCCAAUAAUCUCUGAAGACAAACUUAAAGAACAUGUGGAACAUUGUGUGAGUCUCUGUGCUCCGGGACCUCAUGUGUUUCUGUUGGUCGUUCAGCACAACUUCACUAACCAACAAAAGAAGAGACUUUAUAAGAUCCUUGAACUCUUCAGCGAUGAAGCUUUUGACUAUUCAUUGGUACUGAUCUCAACACCUGGAUGGGAAACUUCAGCUACAAAUUAUCCGUCUCACCAGCGACCCCUGCAGGAUCUCAUCAAAAUGUGUGGAGAGAACUGGGUCAGGCUGCAAAACAACCCUGAAGAGCUGCUGCUGAAACUGACUCAAAUUUUGAGAAUGAGCGCUGGGGACCAUGUUGUCUGUGGUCGUCCAAGCCUUGAACCCGUUAAAGAAACUCAUUCACAUUUGGAUUCUUCAAGCCACGGCCUGAUGCUCUUCAACAGACAGGUGGACGACCUAGUAGCCGACAUCGUCCAUUAA